UUGUGUGUCAAAAUUUGUGAAAAGUCGAACAUCGCAAAAACGUUUUGCUGGAACGCGUUUUCAGUGCUUAAUUUUCACUAUAUUUGCGUAGAAAAUCCCGAUAAAACCGAUGAAAAAAUAGUUUAUUUUGUGUAGCAGUUGUCCACGUAUCCGGUAACAAAAUGGCUCUUCCGCCAUACAUGAUACCGCCAAAUCAAUGGGCCGCCCACAUGAUGGCCCAACAGCAGGCAUUUGCCGUGCAGCAAGCCCAGGCUCAGCAGCAGCAUCAAGCGGCUGCGGCUCAGAUGCACGCUCAACAGCUGGCUGCCACGCAGAUGCAAAUACCACCACCGAUGGGACACAUCCCGCCUCCAGGACCGCCGAAGCCAGACAUUGUUCUAUCAGAGGAAAAACUGAUCGAGAAGGCUCAGAAGUGGCAACAGCUUCAAACGAAGAGGUUCGCCGAGAAGCGAAAGUUUGGUUUCAUCGAUGCCCAGAAGGAAGACAUGCCACCGGAACACAUUCGAAAGAUCAUUAGAGACCACGGCGACAUGACUAGUAGAAAGUACCGACACGACAAAAGAGUCUAUUUGGGGGCGUUGAAGUACAUGCCUCAUGCGGUCAUGAAAUUGUUAGAGAAUAUGCCCAUGCCGUGGGAACAGAUUCGAGACGUACCGGUUCUGUAUCACAUCACUGGAGCAAUUACGUUCGUAAACGAAAUUCCAUGGGUGAUCGAGCCGGUGUACAUUGCCCAGUGGGGCACCAUGUGGAUUAUGAUGCGUCGAGAGAAGCGUGAUCGUCGCCACUUCAAACGAAUGCGAUUCCCACCGUUCGAUGACGAAGAACCGCCGCUAGACUAUGCGGAUAACGUUUUGGAUGUGGAACCGCUGGAGGCUAUUCAGAUCGAACUGGAUGCCGAUGAAGAUGCCAGCGUGCACGAUUGGUUCUACGAGCACCGACCACUAAUCGGAACUCCGUAUGUGAAUGGGUCAACCUACAGAAAAUGGAAUUUGGCUCUGCCACAGAUGGCAACACUCUAUCGACUGGCCAACCAACUGUUAACCGAUUUGGUGGAUAGCAACUUUUUCUAUCUGUUCGAUCCGAAGAGUUUCUUCACGGCUAAAGCUCUGAACAUGGCUAUUCCUGGAGGACCAAAGUUUGAACCACUAAUCAAAGACCACAACGUCGGGGACGAGGAUUGGAAUGAGUUCAACGACAUCAACAAGAUCAUUAUCCGACAGCCUAUCCGGACGGAGUAUAGGAUUGCUUUUCCGUAUCUGUAUAACAAUAUGCCACAUUUUGUGCAUUUGUGCUGGUAUCAUACACCUAAUGUGGUCUUCAUUAAAACCGAGGAUCCUGAUCUACCAGCAUUCUAUUUCGACCCGCUGAUUAAUCCGAUUGCUCACCGCCAUGCCGUGAAAUCAACGGAACCUCUACCGGAUGAUGACGAGGAGUUCACCCUGCCGGAGGAAGUCCAGCCGUUCCUCCAGGAUACGCCGCUCUACACGGAUAACACAGCGAAUGGAAUUUCGCUCUUGUGGGCGCCUCGUCCGUUCAAUCUACGCUCGGGACGUUGCCGCCGAGCGAUUGACAUCCCAUUAGUCAAAAACUGGUACAAAGAGCACUGUCCCCCGAAUCAUCCGGUCAAGGUUCGUGUCAGCUACCAAAAGUUGCUCAAAUACUACGUACUCAACGCUUUGAAGCACCGCAAGCCAAAGCCUCAGAAGAAGCGCUAUCUGUUCCGGUCGUUCAAAGCUACCAAGUUCUUCCAAACCACUACGCUGGACUGGGUUGAAGCCGGGCUCCAAGUGUGCCGCCAAGGCUACAACAUGCUGAACUUAUUGAUUCAUCGUAAAAAUCUCAACUAUCUUCAUCUGGAUUAUAACUUCAACUUGAAACCGGUGAAAACCCUCACAACUAAGGAACGUAAAAAGUCACGUUUCGGUAACGCGUUCCAUCUGUGUCGAGAAAUUUUGCGUCUCACCAAACUGAUCAUCGAUUCCCAUGUCCAGUACCGAUUGAACAACGUGGAUGCUUUCCAGCUGGCCGAUGGACUGCAGUACAUUUUCGCACACGUCGGCCAACUGACCGGAAUGUAUCGCUACAAGUACAAGCUGAUGCGGCAGAUCCGCAUGUGUAAGGAUUUGAAGCAUUUGAUCUACUAUCGGUUCAAUACGGGUCCCGUUGGCAAAGGUCCCGGCUGUGGUUUCUGGGCGCCCGGAUGGCGUGUUUGGUUGUUCUUCAUGCGUGGCAUCACACCGCUGCUGGAACGUUGGUUAGGCAAUUUACUCUCCCGUCAGUUCGAGGGUCGACAUUCGAAGGGGGUCGCCAAAACGGUUACCAAGCAGAGAGUCGAGUCACACUUCGAUCUGGAACUGCGUGCCUCGGUUAUGCAUGACAUCGUGGACAUGAUGCCGGAAGGUAUCAAGCAGAAUAAAGCUCGAACCAUACUGCAGCACCUGUCCGAGGCCUGGCGCUGCUGGAAAGCCAACAUUCCAUGGAAGGUGCCCGGGUUGCCAAUUCCGAUUGAGAACAUGAUUCUGCGGUACGUCAAGAUGAAGGCCGAUUGGUGGACAAACACGGCUCAUUACAAUCGUGAGCGUAUUCGCCGGGGAGCCACCGUUGACAAAACCGUUUGCAAAAAGAAUCUCGGUCGGUUGACGCGUCUCUACCUGAAGGCCGAACAGGAGCGGCAGCAUAAUUACCUAAAGGAUGGUCCAUAUAUUUCCCCCGAGGAAGCCGUUGCCAUUUAUACCACAACGGUUCAUUGGUUGGAAUCGCGCCGAUUUGCGCCGAUUCCGUUCCCUCCACUUUCGUAUAAGCAUGACACGAAGUUGCUGAUUCUGGCCCUGGAACGAUUGAAGGAAGCUUACAGUGUCAAGUCUCGCUUGAAUCAGAGCCAACGUGAGGAGCUGGGGUUGAUCGAACAGGCCUACGACAAUCCGCAUGAAGCGCUCUCCAGAAUCAAACGUCAUCUGCUGACGCAGCGUGCUUUCAAAGAGACUGGUAUUGAAUUCAUGGAUCUGUACAGUCACCUGAUCCCGGUGUACGAUGUCGAGCCAUUGGAGAAAAUCACCGAUGCUUACCUGGAUCAAUAUUUGUGGUACGAAGCGGAUAAGCGACGCUUGUUCCCACCGUGGAUCAAACCUAGCGAUACCGAGCCACCUCCGUUGCUGGUCUACAAGUGGUGUCAAGGAAUCAACAACCUGCAGGAAGUAUGGGACGUCUCCGAGGGCGAAUGCAAUGUCCUGUUGGAAUCCCGCUACGAAAAACUGUACGAAAAGAUCGAUUUGACUCUGCUGAAUCGACUGCUCCGUCUGAUCGUGGAUCACAACAUUGCCGAUUACAUGACCGCCAAGAACAACGUGGUCAUCAACUACAAGGACAUGAACCACACCAACAGCUACGGCAUCAUCCGAGGUCUACAGUUUGCCUCGUUCAUUGCCCAAUAUUAUGGGUUGGUGUUAGAUCUGUUGGUGCUUGGUUUGCAACGAGCCAGCGAAAUGGCCGGUCCACCACAAAUGCCAAACGAUUUCCUCACGUUCCAGGAUGUGGCCACCGAGUCGUGUCACCCCAUUAGGCUGUACUGUCGGUACGUGGAUCGGAUUCAUAUCUUUUUCCGGUUUACUGCAGAGGAGGCGAGAGAUUUAAUUCAGCGAUACUUGACGGAGCAUCCCGAUCCGAACAAUGAGAACAUUGUCGGAUAUAACAACAAGAAGUGCUGGCCAAGAGAUGCUAGGAUGCGCUUGAUGAAGCACGAUGUUAACUUAGGUCGGGCGGUGUUUUGGGAUAUUAAAAAUCGUUUGCCACGAUCGGUCACCACUGUUCAGUGGGACAACACAUUCGUUUCAGUCUACUCCAAGGACAAUCCCAACUUGCUGUUCAAUAUGUGCGGAUUUGAGUGCAGAAUCCUUCCCAAAUGCCGUACCCAAAACGAAGAGUUUACUCAUCGUGACGGGGUCUGGAAUUUGCAGAAUGAGGUAACCAAGGAACGAACGGCACAAUGUUUCCUAAGGGUAGACGACGAAUCACUGUCUCGAUUCCACAAUCGUGUCCGUCAGAUUCUGAUGGCCUCCGGUUCAACAACAUUCACAAAGAUUGUGAAUAAGUGGAAUACUGCUCUGAUUGGGUUGAUGACCUAUUUCCGUGAGGCAGUUGUCAACACACAGGAGCUGCUUGAUUUGUUGGUGAAGUGCGAAAACAAAAUUCAGACUCGUAUCAAAAUUGGUCUGAAUUCGAAAAUGCCUUCGAGAUUCCCGCCGGUGGUUUUCUACACGCCCAAAGAGUUGGGCGGAUUGGGAAUGUUGAGUAUGGGACAUGUGUUGAUUCCACAAUCGGAUCUUCGGUGGUCGAAGCAAACUGAUGUGGGCAUUACCCAUUUCCGGUCGGGUAUGUCUCACGACGAGGAUCAGCUGAUUCCCAACUUGUAUCGGUACAUUCAGCCGUGGGAAAGUGAGUUCAUCGAUUCGCAACGUGUAUGGGCCGAAUACGCUUUGAAGAGACAGGAAGCGAAUGCACAGAAUAGACGAUUGACGCUGGAGGAUCUGGAAGACAGCUGGGAUCGUGGUAUCCCUAGGAUCAAUACGCUGUUCCAGAAAGAUCGACAUACGUUAGCGUAUGAUAAGGGAUGGAGAAUUAGGACAGAGUUCAAGCAGUAUCAGGUGUUGAAACAGAAUCCUUUCUGGUGGACCCAUCAACGUCACGACGGUAAGCUGUGGAACUUAAACAACUAUCGCACGGACAUGAUCCAAGCGUUGGGUGGUGUGGAAGGUAUAUUAGAACACACACUAUUCAAGGGAACGUACUUCCCCACGUGGGAAGGUCUUUUCUGGGAAAAGGCAUCGGGUUUCGAAGAAUCUAUGAAGUACAAGAAGUUAACCAAUGCACAACGUUCCGGUUUGAACCAGAUUCCGAACCGUCGUUUCACCUUGUGGUGGUCACCGACGAUCAAUCGAGCCAAUGUGUACGUUGGUUUCCAAGUGCAGUUGGAUUUGACCGGCAUUUUUAUGCACGGUAAAAUUCCGACACUGAAGAUUUCGUUGAUUCAAAUCUUCAGAGCUCACUUGUGGCAGAAAAUUCACGAAUCGAUAGUCAUGGAUUUGUGCCAGGUGUUUGAUCAGGAGUUGGACGCGCUGGAAAUCGAAACUGUACAGAAGGAGACCAUCCAUCCUAGGAAGUCUUACAAGAUGAACUCAUCUUGUGCAGAUAUCCUGCUUUUCCCAGCUUAUAAAUGGAACGUGUCCCGACCAUCGCUUCUAGCCGAUACUAAAGAUACCAUGGACAACACAACCACUCAGAAGUAUUGGCUGGAUGUGCAGCUCCGGUGGGGUGACUAUGAUUCCCACGAUGUCGAGCGUUACGCAAGAGCCAAGUUUUUGGAUUACACAACGGACAAUAUGUCGAUCUACCCAUCACCAACUGGAGUUUUGAUCGCGAUUGAUUUAGCAUACAAUUUGCACAGUGCCUAUGGAAAUUGGUUCCCCGGUUGCAAACCAUUGAUUCAACAAGCCAUGGCGAAGAUCAUGAAGGCCAAUCCAGCUCUGUAUGUACUUCGUGAGCGUAUUCGCAAAGCACUACAACUGUACAGUUCGGAGCCGACUGAACCCUACUUGUCCUCGCAAAACUACGGAGAACUCUUCUCGAAUCAAAUUAUUUGGUUCGUGGACGAUACCAACGUGUACCGAGUAACGAUUCAUAAGACAUUUGAAGGUAAUUUAACAACCAAACCCAUCAACGGAGCUAUUUUCAUCUUCAACCCGAGAACAGGACAAUUGUUCUUGAAGAUUAUUCACACUUCGGUAUGGGCAGGCCAGAAGCGUCUUGGACAGUUAGCUAAGUGGAAGACCGCUGAAGAAGUAGCUGCGUUGAUUCGGUCCCUUCCCGUUGAAGAACAGCCGAAGCAGAUCAUUGUCACCCGAAAGGGUAUGUUGGAUCCUCUUGAGGUGCAUCUGCUCGAUUUCCCGAACAUCGUGAUCAAGGGUUCCGAACUCCAACUGCCGUUCCAGGCAUGUUUGAAGGUCGAGAAGUUCGGCGAUUUGAUUCUGAAGGCAACCGAGCCGCAAAUGGUUCUGUUCAAUUUGUACGACGACUGGUUGAAAACGAUCUCAUCCUACACCGCUUUCUCACGAUUAAUUCUGAUCCUGCGUGCCUUGCAUGUCAAUACCGAGAGAACCAAAGUUAUCCUUAAGCCGGAUAAAACUACCAUUACUGAAGCUCAUCAUAUUUGGCCAACUCUCAGCGAUGAAGAGUGGAUUAAGGUUGAGGUGCAGCUAAAGGAUUUAAUUCUUGCAGAUUAUGGAAAGAAGAAUAACGUCAAUGUGGCCUCUCUAACUCAGUCCGAAAUUCGUGACAUCAUUCUUGGUAUGGAGAUAUCGGCGCCAUCAGCUCAACGUCAACAGAUCGCAGAAAUUGAAAAACAAACUAAGGAACAGUCACAACUCACUGCAACUACCACCAGAACCACCAACAAACAUGGCGAUGAGAUUAUAACAUCGACAACCAGCAAUUACGAAACCACAACAUUCAGUUCCAAAACAGAAUGGCGUGUUCGAGCCAUUUCCGCCACGAACCUCCACCUCCGAACAAACCACAUCUACGUUAGUUCGGACGACAUUAAGGAAACUGGAUACACUUACAUCCUGCCGAAAAACAUUCUCAAAAAGUUCGUCACAAUUUCCGAUCUCCGGGCCCAAAUAGCCGGCUAUCUGUAUGGCGUAAGCCCGCCUGAUAAUCCUCAGGUCAAAGAAAUCCGCUGCAUCGUGAUGCCUCCGCAGUGGGGAACCCAUCAACAGAUUAACCUUCCCAACACUCUUCCCACCCAUCAGUAUCUCAAGGACAUGGAACCGCUUGGCUGGAUUCAUACUCAGCCGAACGAAUUGCCGCAGCUGUCGCCCCAGGACAUCACAACUCACGCCAAAAUCAUGUCCGAGAACACCACGUGGGACGGAGAGAAAACCAUCAUCAUCACGUGCUCAUUCACGCCCGGUUCCUGUUCGCUAACGGCCUACAAACUUACCCCGUCUGGGUACGAGUGGGGCCACAAGAACACCGACAAGGGAAACAACCCCAAGGGUUAUCUCCCGUCGCACUACGAACGGGUGCAAAUGCUGCUGUCGAACAAGUUCCUCGGAUUCUUCAUGGUACCGGCCCAGGCCAGUUGGAACUACAACUUCAUGGGUGUGCGGCACGAUCCGAACAUGAAGUACGAACUGCAGCUGGCCAAUCCGAAGGAGUUCUACCACGAAGUGCACAGGCCGUCGCAUUUCUUGCUGUUCUCCAGCUUGGAGGAAGGCGCCGACGGAAACGGCGCAGACAGGGAAGAUCUGUUUGCGUAAUUUGACGGCAAACGUGAAAGACUUACUUUAGAACUUUAUUUUAAGAUUAUUAAUAAGUAGCUGUGUAAAUAGUCGAUUGGUUAUUUGACGGUAUCAAUAAUAAAUAGUUUACAAUAAUA